CACGCGAUUUCAUGUUCGCUUCUACGCGACUUUAUGCAGCUGUGCAUCAUCGGGCUUCCACGCCACGAUAUGGCCUCACGCGGUCCUCGUCAUUGCGCGAGCAAAUCCCUCCCGAGGGUAUUGCAAGGUCCUGCUUAGGACAAAAACUUGCCAGUCCCGCUUAGGACAAAUAUUAGAUCUGCUGAGAUCGCACUUCUACGCUACCACGCGUCAUCGGCUCCACGCCGCUCCAACAAAAAAACAAACCAAGCAACAACGACAAAGGAAUUUUUUAUAUUUUGUCUUUCAGGUACAAAGUGGAAGACCUCAUGGCAUACUUAACCCGAGCCCGUUCAGCAGAGCUCAUAGAUGGAACAUCAUCUCGCCCUUUUCCCGAGGUCGGCCUCAGCCACCUCGCAAGUUACUCAAGCCUUUGUCUCCCGAGGCACCCUAAAGCCCUCUCCCGAGGUCGGUCCUAGCCACCUCACGAGGCACUCAGCUUUUCCCAAGGUCGGCCUCAGCCACCUUGCAAGUUGCUCAAGCCCUCGUCUCCCGAGGCACCAAAAAGUCCUUCCCCGAGGUCGGUCCUAUCCACCUCACGAGGCACUCCAUAUUUUUCCCGAGGUCGGCCUCAGCCACCUCGCAAAACACCUAAGCCCUCGUCUUUCGAGGCACCAAAAAGCCCUCUCCCGAGGUUGGUCCCAUCCACCUCGCGAGGCACUAAAGUCCUCGUUCCCCGAGGCAUCCCAAAGUCCUCUCCCGAGUUUGGUCCCAUCCACCUCACGAGGCACUCGACUCUUUUCCCGAGGUCGGCCCAGUCACCUCGCAAGCAUUUAAGCCCUCGUCUCUCGAGGCAACCAAAAGCUCUCUCCCGAGGUCGGCCCGUCCACCUCACAAGGAACUUAAGCCCUCGUCCCCCGAGGCAACUAAAAGCCCUCUCUCAAGGUCGGCCUCGGCCACCUCACGAGGCACUACAGUUAUCUCCCAAACAACUUCAACUGCUUUCCCGAGGUUGGUCUUGACCGCCUCGCAAGCAAGGCAUAUAAGCCCUCAUCCCACGAGGCAUCAUAAAUCCUCUUCCUGAGGCACUUUUCAAUGCCGUCCAAGGCACACCCCUAGCCCACUUUCUAGGGCACAGUCUUAAUUACUCAUAGAAUGGGCGGCCUCGCCAGGAUCGGCCAAGCCCAUCACAUUAUUUGCCUUUGUUUGAGAUUUUUUCAGGUAAAUCAUUAAAUGAAAGGAAUUCGCCACAGAGCGAGGGGACCAAAGACUCCCGCCAGAGCCGAGCAUGGGCACUACUCCCUUUCACCUCGGAAUUCUUCCUCGACUUAGGGAGUGGGGGACUCCGGGCACUCGGCUCGUGAUUGAUUACAUCGCAGACCGUGAGAACUUGGCAGAUCGACAUCUUGAUCUAACAUGGCACCGCAGCAGUUCGUGCUGGCAUGCACUCUUUGGCAAUAUGGCGAACAGCCCUCGACUCCGGACAAUGAGUCUGGGGGACUCGAAGAGCGCCUCUUCCGAGUCCACACAGUUUCUUUACUCGAAGACCCCACACCUUGUUUCAAUGUUUUCUUGAUUCACUUUGUGGGACGAGAUGUACUCUUUUCUUGACCGAGGAUUUUUUCCCAUCCUCAUGGGUUUUUUCCUCGGCAAGUUUUUAAUGAGGCAUCCCCCAUGGAGUGAGUCACACAUUGACGGGAUCAUGGGGAGAUCCCCAAAGACGACAGAUGGACUACGGAUGAUGACUCCAUCACCCACUCUUAUUGUGAUCGUUGAGCGCUGAACAACGAACUGACGAUGCAUUCUGUGUGAGAGCAGAUCAUUUAGAGACGAUGAGCAGAUUGAGGCAGACUUUUUACCUUGCCGCUCCGGAUCGCGAGCCGGCAGCGCACUUCAUGCUCAUUGCCUCAAUUUCUUUCACUCUGCCACUCUGGACAGCGAGUCGGCAGCGCACUUCGUGCUUAGUGCUACGAUUUGUUCCCUUUGCCGCUCCGGACAGCGAGUCGGCGGUGCACCUCGUACUCAUUGGUGCAGACCCUUACGCUUUGCCGCUCCGGACAGCGAGUCGGCAGUGCGCUCCAUGCUGAUUGGAGCAGUUUCUUUUACCUUGCCACUCUGGACAGCGAGUUGGCAUCUCCUUUCAUGCUCAUUGCUACAACUUAUUUCACUUUGCCACUCCGGACAGGGAGUUGGCAGUGCACUUCAUGCUGAUUGCUUCUACUUCUUUCCCAUUGUCGCUCCGGACAGCGAGUCGGCAGAGCACCUCGCAUCCAUGGGUGCAGAUUCUUUCACCUCGCCUUACUCUAGACAGCGAGUUGGCAUUACAUUUCUGACCUAUGGCGUUGUUUGCCUUACUUCACCGUGCUCGGGACAGCGAGUUGGCGGUGCACUUUAGACAGCAAGGAAGACGGUGUCCUUCCGUGGGGGAUUUGUGCUCUACUUCCACUUCACCUCGAGUUCCUCUCGGCUCGGAAAGUGGGGGACUCAUGAUGGAUACCCCGAACAGGGGGUAUCCGGUCUUUGUAUAAUAUUAGUUGAGGCAGUCCAGUCUGUUGGAUAUCCGGUCUUUGUAUAAUAUUAGUUGAGGCGGUCCAGUCUGUUGGACCGACCUAUUAGUUGUGUGUUAAUUAUUUAUUUAAGGGCGGCCCAGUCUGUUGGGCCGGCCCAUUAUUCGUAUAUUUGCUAUUUAGGGCGGCCCAGUCUGUUGGGCCGGCCCAUUAAUCCGAAACCCUAACCCCAGCUCUUCUAUUUAUACUCCUCUUCUUGGAAGAGGAGGGGGAGGUUGGAAAGAGGGAGGCUCAAUACAACACCCACACUAUUCAUCAUCUUC